AUGGAAAACAAACCGAUAUACAACGAUCUGAAUCCUAAAGCCGUGACCAAUGAUGAACUUUUUGGAAUCAUCAAUCCAGCCACCCGAGAAUGGAAGGAUGGUUUAUUUUCUGUGAUAAUGAAAGAGCAAGCUAAUCUUGAAGGUCAAAAUCCUAAAUGGAUCGUACUUGAUGGAGAUAUUGAUCCAAUGUGGAUUGAGUCACUCAAUACAGUCAUGGACGACAACAAAGUCCUGACUCUAGCCAGCAAUGAAAGAAUAACUUUGAAUCAAGCUAUGAGGUUACUAUUUGAAAUAUCGAAUCACAGAACUGCUACCCCUGCUACUGUUUCUAGAGCUGGAAUUAUUUACAUCAAUCCUCAAGAUCUAGGUUGGAAUCCUUACGUAACCAGCUGGAUUGAAAAAAGAACAUUGCCGAAUGAAAAAUCUAAUCUGGUGAUUUUGUUUGACAAAUACAUUUCACAAUGUUUGGAAACACUUAGAACAAGGUUCAAGAAGAUUACACCAAUUGCUGACAUGGCUCAUGUCGAAAUGCUUUGUCAUCUUCUUAACUGCUUAUUGACAUCUGAAUUGACAGCAACUGAUUUCAUUAAGGAUGACUAUGAAAUGUAUUUUGUAUUUGCAUCCGUAUGGGCCUUUGGGUCCUCUAUAUUCCAGGGUCAGACUGUGGAUUAUCGGGUGGAAUUCACCAAAUGGUGGGUCAACGAAUUCAAACAAGUGAAAUUUCCUGUUCAAGGAACAGUAUUCGACUAUUACAUUGACUCUGAAACAAAAACCUUUGUAUCUUGGACUCAACGUCUUCCAAAAUUCGAAUUGGAUCCAGAUAUUUCACUGCAAGCAAUUCUUGUUUACACAUCUGAAUCAAUCAGGAUCCGAUAUUUCCUGGAUCUCCUGAUGGCUGAAAAGUAUCCUGUAAUGUUGGUUGGUACAGCAGGUAGUGGAAAGACGGUUUUGGAUUCAGAGAAACUACUUCAGCUUUCAGAAAACUAUGCAGUCGCGAACGUACCUUUUAACUUCUACACGUCAUCUGAGAUGCUUCAGAAGAUACUAGAGAAGCCACUGGAGAAAAAAGCUGGCAGAAAUUAUAGACCACCUGGUAACAAGACCCUGGUGUAUUUCAUUGAUGACAUGAACAUGCCAGAGGUAGAUACAUAUGGCACAGUUCAACCUCACACCUUGAUUAGGCAACAUCUGGAUUAUGGACAUUGGUAUGAUAGGACAAAGCUGACCUUGAAGGAUAUUCACAAUUGUCAGUAUGUUAGUUGUAUGAACCCAACAGCUGGGUCCUUUACUAUUAAUCCAAGAUUGCAGAGACAUUUUUCUGUAUUUGCUGUCAGCUUUCCAAACGCUGAUUCUUUGACCACCAUAUAUGCAAAUUUUCUUACCAACAGCUAUGAAAUUUCACUACAUCUUCAACAAUAUUUCAAAGAAAUUCCAGACAAUUCGAGGAAAUUCACAGGAAAUCAAGAUGAAUUAAAAAUACUUCAAGUCGAUAAAACCAAAAAUUUGGCGGAAAAUAUAAUUAGGAUCACAAGUGAAUUCGGUAUCCCCGUGAGUACUCUCUCGACGAUAUUGAAGGAUCAGGACAAAAUUUUGAAGGUGUUGGAAGAAACAUCUUGUUUGCCACAGAGUAAAAGAUGCUCAUUAGACAGAACCUUGACAUUCAAAUGGGAUACUUGUCAUGGAGGAAAGAAGAGUAAAGAACGUGUGACAGUCAUGGAAGGAACUAAUAUGACUGCAACAGAAAAAUUGAAACUAUUUGUGAUUACACAAACGUCUCAUCCGGUAAAUUUGGUGUUCCGAACAGUCGGCGAGGAACAAAGUAUCUGCAACGAACAUGCUUGCCAUGGAAUAGUUCCAUGGAAUAGUCCAUGGAAUAGUUCCACGGACGAAGAACAAGCUUAG